ACAUGACUUAGCAACUGAACAACAUUAAGUUUCUUUUAGAGUAAGUUUCUUUCUUGAGUAACUACACAUACUAGGGACUUCUCAUAGGUCAUUUUAUUUAGCCUAUUUAACUGCUUUAACAAUCACCUCAAGAGACAAGUCUUGAAAGCCACACAGCCAGUCAGGGAAAACUUGGACCACCUUUACUAUCACAAGGGGAAACUUUCGCUUGAGAAAAGGAGUAUCUUUCAACGAGGACCAGAGAAAGAAUCUGAUUUCAUUACCCCUGUUUCCAUUGUAAAUUUAUUUCUUCAGCCUCAUUUUCCUUAAAUUUGUAAAGGGUCCUAAGCCUCUCCCAGAAGAGUUCUUUUGGUGUUGAGAUUUUGGACAAAUGGCUUUUCCUACUCCUUAAAAUUGUGAAUUUACAUGAACCAGGCCUCAGGGGCCUUUCCUGCACUGUUUUAAUGCCUACAAUAGUACUGCAUAACAGUAAUUAACAUCUAUUUUCAGAGGAAGAAUCUGAAGCUUUAUGAAGUUAGUGACUUGCCCAAGGUCAUACAUCAAAAAGUCUGGAACUUAGGGCAUCCCUUCAGCUCUGAUAGUGCCUGGGAGUGCCAUUACCCUGAGACCAAGAAAGCUGCGUCCAAGCCUAAGAAAAAGGGUGCCAAUCAUCAGGGCGACCUCAGCCCAAGUCUCAGGUUUAAGCCUGGGCUGGUGCUGCCCUCGAGCGGCGGGACUGCGUAAGCGAGGCGGGGCAGAGGGUUGCACAACUGAAAACGGCGGGCACAGGGACCAUGAUAACCUGGGAAAUCGACCAGCCCACCCUAGUUCAAGUACGACCUAAUUUAUCGUUUUUUACAGGACAGGUUCAAGAUCCUUUAAGACCCACCCUUAUCACAUAACUUUGACACCGAGUAAGAUUUAAUCACUAAUGGCGGGCCAAUACAGGCAAAGUGCGGCACCCUCUGCCGGCCUCAGUGUCCCCUAUCUGUCAAAUGGGCAUGUUAAAAAACUGCCCAAAGAGGAUAAUGGGAGGAAAACGUUCCUUGCAUUACGUGAGGCGCCAAACAGCCUGAGUCACCGUUGCUGGUGGUAUUUUUCCAUCUCCUGGGCGCCCCUCCCACCCCGCCCGGGUUUCCGAGGGUCCUACAGGAAGCGCCCCGGCGACGCCGGGCUCCGCACGCUGACCACGCCCUCUGUGCGCGGAGCCUUGGCCCCGCCCACUAAAUAAUUCGCAGAUUCGCUAGGCCGGCUCCUCCUCCGAAUUUCUCGGGCCUCUCCAUACUCGGCUGAAAAUUCUCAUCGGACUCCGUAACCAUUUCCCCCAGGUCGGAACUGAGCAGUCCUGUGAGUUGUGCUAGUAAGAAAGAUCCAGGAAAAGUGGCCGACUCUGCCAACAGGGCUUGGCUAACCAGGCAUUAUUUUCUUGACUCCACCAAGGCUGGUGAAGGGAGGCAACAGCUGAGGCCAAGACUUGUGGCGAAUCUGCAGCCUUUCAGACCUUUGAUCGCUUAAGGAAGGGGCAGCAAAGAGGAGCAAAGGAGCGCGCAUCCCGUCUACCGAUUCGCCCCGCCCGCCUGACGAAUCUGCGCCUGUUCAACGCGCCACUCAAAUCUCCCCAGCUCUGGCUGGCCUCCUCCCCUUCGCCCCGCCCCCUUUUCCUCUGGGAUUAGUCGCUGCUUUCAACGCCGCCGAUUCGUCAAGGGUCCCAGGCCAGAGCAGCUGGAUAGUCGCGGUGAAGUCCAUUCUCCGGGGGAUGCGGCCAAACUCCAGGCUCACUGGGCCGCAACUCUUGAGCUUCAUAGGCCGCCGGCCGAGGCGAAGCCGCUAUCCUCGGCCCCGUGGGUCUCCCGGAGUCGCCCGUGGCGAAAGUGCGAAUGUAGAAGCUGUGCCCGCUGGGCCUCGCGCAGUGUAAAUGAGCAAAGAUGGAUCAGGAAGGUGGGGGAGAUGGGCAGAAGGCCCCGAGCUUCCAGUGGCGGAACUACAAGCUCAUCGUGGAUCCUGCCUUGGACCCUGCCCUACGCAGGCCUUCUCAAAAGGUGUACAGAUACGAUGGAAUCCACUUUAGUGUCAACGACUCAAAGUAUAUACCAGUGGAGGACCUGCAAGACCCCCGUUGCCACGUCAGGUCCAAAAACAGAGACUUUUCCCUCCCAGUCCCUAAGUUUAAGCUGGAUGAGUUCUAUAUUGGACAGAUCCCACUGAAAGAAGUGACAUUUGCAAGGCUGAAUGACAAUGUGCGGGAGACCUUCCUGAAGGAUAUGUGCCGAAAGUAUGGCGAGGUGGAAGAGGUGGAGAUCCUUCUCCACCCCCGUACUCGCAAGCACCUGGGCCUGGCCCGCGUGCUCUUCACCAGCACUCGGGGAGCCAAGGAAACAGUCAAAAACCUCCACCUUACCUCCGUCAUGGGCAACAUCAUCCAUGCCCAGCUCGACAUCAAAGGUCAACAACGAAUGAAAUACUAUGAACUAAUAGUCAACGGCUCCUACACCCCUCAGACGGUGCCCACUGGGGGCAAGGCCCUGAGUGAGAAGUUCCAAGGCUCUGGUACAGCCACGGAGACGACCGACUCCCGCCGCCGCUCCUCAUCAGACACAGCUGCCUUCCCGGCAGGCUCGGCUGUGGUGGGCACUCCUGGCAACGGCACCCCCUGCUCCCAAGACACAAGCUUCUCCAGCAGCCGACAAGACACCCCGUCUUCCUUUGGCCAGUUCACCCCUCAGUCCUCCCAAGGAACCCCCUACACGUCUCGGGGCAGCACCCCCUACUCUCAGGACUCUGCCUACUCCAGCAGCACCACUUCAACCUCCUUCAAGCCCCGGCGGUCAGAGAACAGCUACCAAGAUUCCUUCUCCCGCCGCCAUUUCUCCGCCUCUUCGGCCCCCACGACCACCUCUGCCGCCAUCUGCGCCACCACUGCAGCCACCGCCGCCGCCUCCUCGUCCUCCUCGUUGUCUUCGUCCUCUUCGUCGUCCUCUUCCUCCUCCUCUCACUUUCGUGGUUCCGACUCAAACUACCCAGCGUAUUACGAAAGCUGGAAUCGCUACCAACGCCAUGCUUCCUACCCACCCCGCCGGGCAACUCGGGACGAGCCCCCCGGGGCCUCUUUUGCCGAAAAUACCGCUGAGCGCUUCACACCAUCCUACACCUCCUACUUGCCCCCCGAGCCCAACCGGCCUGCUGACCAGGACUACCGGCCUCCUGCCUCCGAAGCUCCACCCCCAGAGCCUCCAGAACCUGGUGGAGGAGGGGGCGGCGGGGGGCCCAGCCCCGAGAGAGAAGAAGCUCGAACCUCCCCGCGCCCAGCCUCACCGGCCCGUUCUGGCUCCCCAGCCCCAGAGACCACCAACGAGAGCGUGCCCUUCGCUCAGCACAGCAGCCUGGAUUCCCGCAUUGAGAUGUUGUUGAAGGAGCAGCGUUCCAAGUUUUCCUUCCUGGCCUCUGACACCGAGGAAGAGGAAGAGAACAGCAGCACAGGCCCGGGGGCUCGGGACACAGGGAGCGAGGCCCCUUCUGGAUCUGGUCACGGGCCCUGCACACCCCCUCCAGCCCCGGCGAGUUUUGAGGAUGUGGCACCUGCAGGGAGUGGGGAACCAGGAGCUACCCGGGAGUCGCCCAAGGCCAACGGACAGAACCAGGCUUCUCCAUGCUCUUCUGGAGAGGACAUGGAAAUCUCUGAUGACGACAGGGGCGGCUCACCCCCUCCGGCCCCGACACCCCCCCAGCAACCUCCACCCCCUCCGCCGCCACCUCCCCCACCCCCUCCUUACCUGGCUUCCCUUCCCCUUGGUUAUCCUCCCCACCAGCCUGCCUACCUCCUCCCCCCGCGACCCGACGGGCCGCCGCCUCCCGAGUACCCCCCUCCUCCUCCGCCACCCCCCCACAUCUAUGACUUUGUGAACUCCUUAGAGCUCAUGGAUCGACUUGGGGCUCAGUGGGGAGGAAUGCCCAUGUCCUUCCAGAUGCAGACCCAGAUGUUAACCCGGCUUCACCAGCUGCGGCAGGGCAAAGGAUUGACCGCGGCCUCAGCGGGUCCCCCCGGUGGGGCCUUUGGGGAGGCCUUCCUCCCAUUCCCACCCCACCAAGAGGCGGCCUAUGGCCUACCAUACGCUCUGUACGCUCAAGGGCAAGAAGGCCGAGGAGCGUACUCCCGGGAGGCCUACCACCUGCCUUUGCCCAUGGCAGCCGAGCCCCUGCCCUCCUCAGUCUCAGGAGAAGAGGCCCGGCUGCCCCCCCGGGAGGAAGCAGAGCUGGCCGAGGGCAAGGCCCUACCAUCGGCAGGCACUGUGGGCCGUGUACUGGCCACCCUGGUCCAGGAGAUGAAGAGCAUCAUGCAGCGAGACCUCAACCGCAAGAUGGUGGAGAACGUGGCCUUUGGAGCCUUUGACCAGUGGUGGGAGAGCAAGGAAGAGAAGGCCAAGCCAUUCCAGAAUGCAGCUAAACAGCAAGCCAAGGAGGAGGAUAAAGAGAAGACAAAGCUCAAAGAGCCAGGCCUGCUGUCCCUCGUAGACUGGGCCAAGAGUGGCGGUACCACCGGCAUCGAAGCCUUCGCCUUUGGAUCAGGACUGCGAGGGGCCCUGCGGCUGCCUUCUUUCAAGGUAAAGCGAAAAGAGCCUUCGGAAAUUUCAGAGGCCAGUGAGGAAAAGAGGCCCCGGCCUUCUACUCCAGCUGAGGAAGAUGAAGAUGAUGCUGAGCGAGAGAAGGAGGUUGGAGAGCCAGGCCGUCCGGGGACCAAGCCCCCGAAACGAGAUGAAGAGCGAAGCAAGACCCAGGGCAAGCACCGCAAGUCCUUUGCUCUGGACAGCGAAGGGGAGGAAGCAUCCCAGGAGUCCUCCUCAGAGAAGGAUGAGGAGGAUGAAGAGGAAGAUGAAGAAGAUGAAGAGCGUGAGGAAGCCAUGGAUGCUGCAAAGAAGGAGACAGAAGCAUCAGACGGCGAGGACGGGGAAAGCGAUUCGUCCUCCAAAUGUUCUCUGUAUGCUGACUCAGAUGGUGAGAACGAUAGCACGUCGGACUCUGAGAGCAGCAGUUCCUCCAGCUCCUCGUCUUCUUCAUCCUCUUCGUCUUCAUCCUCCUCCUCCUCCUCCUCAUCUGAGUCCUCCUCGGAAGAAGAAGAGGAAGAGGAGCAACCAGCAAUCAUACUCGCAGCAUUGUCGCCCCCCAGAGAUGUCCCCACGCCCCUGUCAGCACCUGCAGAGGAGCCUGAGCCAGAAAGGGUUGAAGACUCCCCAGUCACACCUCUCCCCGAACAGGAGAAGUCUCCUGUGGGACCUGCAGGUUCCACUGAGGAACUGCCUCCCAGUGCGCCCCAGCCUCCCCCAGAGCCACCAGCUGGACCCCCGGCCCCCACCCCCCGCCCCGACGAUCGCCCCUCCUCUCCCAUCCCUCUUCUGCCCCCACCCAAGAAACGCCGGAAAACCGUCUCCUUCUCUGCGGUGGAGGAGGCACCGGCCCCAGAGCCUCCCCCCGCCGCCCUGCCACAGGCCAAGUCCUCCGGCCCUGCCUCUCGCAAAGCCCCCCGGGCUGUGGAGCGGACCAUUCGCAACCUGCCCCUCGACCACGCCUCUCUGGUCAAGAGUUGGCCCGAGGAGGUGUCCCGAGGAGGCCGGAACCGCACCGGAGGCCGGGGCCGAUCCGCCGAGGAAGAAGAGGCUGAACCAGCCACAGAAGUGGACCUGGCUGUGCUGGCUGACCUGGCCCUGACCCCAGCACGACGUGGUCUGCCCGCCCUGCCCGCUGCCGACGACUCGGAGGCCGCGGAGACACUGGACGAGGCCGAGCGCCCGGGUCCCCUGCUCAGCCACAUCCUCCUGGAGCACAACUACGCCCUGGCUGUCAGGCCGCCGCCGCCGCCCCCGCCGCCACCCUCCACGCCUGCCCCUCGUCCCUUGGAACCCGUUCUGGCCCCCGCGGCCCUCUUCAGCUCCCCGGCAGACGAGGUCCUCGAGGCCCCGGAGGUGGUUGUGGCCGAGGUGGAGGAGCCAAAGCAGCCGCCACAGCAGCAGGAGGACGGGGAGGAGGAGGAGGAAGAGGAAGAGGAGUCGGAGUCAUCGGAGAGCAGCAGCAGCAGCAGCAGCGACGGCGAGGGCGCCACCCGGCGGCGCAGCCUCCGCUCGCACACGCGGCGCCGGCGGCCGCCCCCGCCCCCGCCGCCGCCCCCCACCUUCGAUCCCCGCAGCGAGUUUGAGCAGAUGACCAUCCUCUAUGACAUUUGGAACUCGGGCCUGGACUUGGAGGACAUGAGCUACCUGCGGCUGACGUACGAGCGGCUUCUGCAGCAGACUAGUGGGGCCGACUGGCUGAACGACACCCACUGGGUCCAGCACACCAUCACCAACCUGAGCACUCCUAAACGCAAGCGGCGGCCCCAAGAUGGGCCCCGGGAGCACCAGACAGGCUCAGCCCGCAGCGAAGGCUACUACCCCAUCAGCAAGAAGGAGAAGGACCGGUACCUAGACGUGUGCCCUGUCUCGGCCCGGCAGCUGGAAGGAGUGGAUACUCAGGGGACUAACCGCGUGCUUUCGGAGCGCCGGUCGGAGCAGCGGCGGCUGCUGAGUGCCAUUGGUACUUCUGCCAUCAUGGACAGCGAUCUGCUGAAGUUAAACCAGCUCAAGUUCCGGAAGAAGAAGCUCCGAUUCGGCCGGAGCCGGAUCCACGAGUGGGGACUGUUUGCCAUGGAACCCAUUGCCGCUGAUGAGAUGGUCAUCGAAUACGUGGGUCAGAACAUUCGCCAGAUGGUGGCCGACAUGCGGGAGAAGCGCUACGUGCAGGAGGGCAUUGGCAGCAGCUACCUGUUCCGGGUAGACCACGACACCAUCAUCGACGCCACCAAGUGCGGCAACCUGGCGAGGUUCAUCAACCACUGCUGCACGCCCAACUGCUAUGCCAAGGUGAUCACCAUCGAGUCCCAGAAGAAGAUCGUGAUCUACUCGAAGCAGCCGAUCGGCGUGGAUGAGGAGAUCACCUACGACUACAAGUUCCCGCUGGAGGACAACAAGAUCCCGUGCCUGUGUGGCACAGAGAGCUGCCGCGGCUCCCUCAACUGAGGUGGGGCAGGACUGGUGCCCUCACCCCUAUUUAUUCCCCCUCGCUGCCCUGAGCUCCCAGCGCUCCCAGCCUUAGUGGGCUCAGUGGGGCCCACCUGCCCCCUCUUGGAAUGUGGGCUUGGGGGCCCUGAGCCCAGCGAGGGGGCCUGAGUCCCUUGAGGCACCUUCUGUGGGACCCCUCUUGCCCCUGCCCGCCCUCCCAUCCCCCCCAAUUUUUUUUUCUUUGCGGAGAAGAAGCUGUAAAUGUUUUGUAGCUGCCAGCAGCUGUUUCCUGUGGAAACCUGGGGUGCCGGCCUGUACAGAUCCUGUUCUUGGGGGGCCUCCCAGCCCCCAUGCUUUGUGUUAAUGGGGACUCCCCCUCUGUGCCCUGCGUGCACCCCUCCCCAGUUUAGGGGUCUCUGGGGGCAGUGGCCAUGUUCUCCCCCUGGAGGGGGCCCUGCGCCCCCAGUCCUGGGGACUCCGUGCCUGGAACCCUGCCUCAUCUGUUCCUGCCAGACCCGUGGGUCACCCUCCCACCUGGUGUCUGGAAGCUGUGGCUUUGCCAGGCCAGGAUGGUGGGGGGCAGGCCCUUCCUGUUGGGCUGGACUGUACAUAUGUUAAUAGUGCAAACCCGACGCCACAUUUUUAUAAUUGUGAUUAAACUUUAUUGUACAAAA